CCCGAUGUACUUUUUAAUAUCGACGGACAAGGCAACCCCGUCCCUCCGUAUUACGGCAACUCCGUGAGAGCCACCGUGCAGAGAUACCCCACGGCCCACCACGGGAGCCAGGUGUGCCGCCCCCCGCUGCUGCACGGCUCGCUGCCCUGGCUGGACGGGAGCAAGGCGCUGAGCAGCCACCACAGCGCUUCCCCCUGGAACCUCAGCCCUUUCUCCAAGACCUCCAUUCAUCACAGCUCACCGGGACCCCUUUCCGUCUGCCCGCCCGCCUCCUCUUCCACUUUAUCCGCCGGCCACUCCAGCCCGCACCUUUUCACCUUCCCACCGACCCCUCCUAAAGAUGUGUCCCCGGAUCCGUCCAUCUCCACCCCCGGCUCCACCGGCUCCACCCGGCAGGACGAGAAGGAAUGCAUCAAAUACCAGGUGUCCCUGGCCGAUACCAUGAAGCUGGAGUCCUCUCACUCUCGGAGCAGCAUGGCCUCUUUAGGAGGAGCCACCUCCUCCGCUCAUCACCCCAUCACUACCUACCCACCGUAUGUCCCAGAAUAUGGCUCUGGACUUUUUCCCCCCAGUAGCCUCUUAGGAGGAUCGCCUACCGGGUUCGGGUGUAAAUCGCGACCGAAAGCACGGUCAAGCACAGAAGGCAGGGAGUGUGUAAAUUGUGGGGCUACCUCAACCCCUCUGUGGAGAAGAGACGGCACCGGGCACUAUUUGUGUAAUGCCUGUGGACUCUAUCACAAAAUGAACGGGCAGAACCGGCCCCUGAUCAAGCCCAAGAGAAGGCUGUCUGCAGCCAGGAGGGCGGGCACGUCCUGUGCGAACUGUCAGACCACCACUACCACCCUGUGGAGGAGAAAUGCCAACGGUGAUCCUGUCUGUAAUGCCUGCGGGCUCUACUACAAGCUGCACAAUAUUAACAGACCCCUGACCAUGAAGAAAGAAGGAAUUCAGACCAGAAACCGAAAAAUGUCUAGCAAAUCCAAAAAGUGCAAAAAGGUCCAUGACAACCUUGAAGACUUUCCCAAGAGCAGCUCCUUUAACCCCGCCGCCCUCUCCAGACACAUGUCCUCCAUCAGCCACAUUUCACCUUUCAGUCACUCCAGCCACAUGCUGACUACACCGACACCGAUGCAUCCUCCAUCCAGCCUCUCCUUCGGACCUCACCAUCCUUCCAGUAUGGUCACUGCCAUGGGUUAGCGAGAGACUCCCCUGCUGAAUGCUUACGGUCUCAAAAUGAGAUUUACUUUAUAUACUUGCAUUUUUGCAGGCGUGUGGUUAUGGGUCUGACGUCCCGAAUCAAAUGGGAGGGGGAAAAA